UGGUACAGGUCGAGGGGAGGAGAGAGGGGAGCGGAGAGAGGAGCGGAUGUACCCGCCGGAGAGGCAAGGAUGCCCAGGAUCAUGUCUCCGGUUCUUCUUUAUCGCUCCGCGGCAUGAUACGCGCCGCUCCCGGAGCGCUGGCCCGCAGGAUGCCGUCGGCGGCGGCCCGGCGGAGCGGCUGCUGGAUCGCCUGGUGCCAGGCGGCGCUGCUCGGCGCGUCGGCGCUGGUCAUCGUGGCCGAACGGAGCGCUCUGAUCUAUUGUAUAGGAUUUUACCUUUGGAAUGAGGAGACACAUUGGGCAGCCUUCACACUCGGCCUCUUCCUUCCGGGAACAGCCGUUCAGCUGCUGAGUGUGAAAUGGUACUAUGAUGACGGGGACGACAGGCGGUGCUACCUCUCUGUCAUACACAUAUUACACCUGGGCAUCUUCAAAAGGUUGUGGGACUGCAUGAGGUCUGUGUUGCGCAUGCAGGGCUCGGUGGCUGAGCUCGGAGCAGCCGUCAUGCAGCAGGCAGAUGUUGCUGCCCUUUGGCUGCUGGAAGCCCUUUUCCUCACGCUUCCUCAGAGCCUCCUGCAAGCAUAUAUCGUGGUGUCUACUGACGUGGGCAUCGCAUCACCAGUGGCCUAUUGCUGUGGCUUAUGCGUGCUGUCUGUUUCCUGGGCCCUGGUGCUGUACAGUCGAGCGUGCUGUUUGAUACGACCAGGCCACUUGGCCAUGCCUCCAGCAGCCCUGCUGUGCCAGCUGGUCUGGAGAGUGGGCAUGCUGGGGGCCAGGGUGACCUGCCUCAUGUUCUUUGCCAGGGUCUUUAACUGGUGGGUCUGUGGAGUAGCAGGUUUUCACUGGCUCACAGCCUCCUUUUGGCUGGUCUCACAGCAACCAGACAUCUGCAACGGACACUGGCGUUGGCGCACUUUUAAUGGCGUCCUGGGGCUCAUCCACGUCUUCCUCUUCCUGAACGUCAAAGAUGGACCCUCACGCUUUCGCAUGGCUAGCUUCUACUCAUUCAUGCUCAUAGAGAACGCCACGUUGUUGCUGGCUGCCUCUGACUUCCUGAGUGAGGCAUCAUGGGACAGCAUGACCCUUCCCUCUUCUGUGCUGUGCAGCUUUCUCCUCGGAGCCACUUCUCUGGUCCUCUAUUACCGGUUCCUCCAUCCCAAAUCCACAGAGAUCUCCCACGGUUUGAACCGUCACCACAUGGGCAGCACGUGCAUAGAGCAGGGGGAGUCCUCGUUCUCUCUUGGAGACAAGAGUCUGCCGGCUUCGUCCAUCCAAAACCACGGCAGCUUCUCCCUCUCCGGCGUGGCGGGUUCUCUGCUGGAGCACCCUGGGAACUGUGGCGACCACUCCAACAGCUCCUGCCCCUGCUUCCAUCACCACUGGCUCCUGAUUCGCCUAGCUCUGAAAACGGGAGAUGUCAAUAAAAUCAACAGGGCGUACGGAGCCGGGGGACCAGCCGCCAUUCUGGACGUGGAGGAGUACAACCAAGGGUUUAAGAGUGACGAGGGCAUGACGUAUACAGCUGCAGGCAGCUGUGAGGGGGUCUCCACUUCGGAGUCACAAGGGAAAGGCCUAGCUCCUCUCUCAGACUGCAAAGAUGAGUUCCAGAGCUUAAGUGAACCUACGUCCACUGAACCGCCUGAGGAAGAAUUUGACAGUCUGGAGAUGGAGAGCCCGAUGGAGUCGCCUACAUCAGAUUUCAAACGUAGCUCCCCCGAGGGUAAGUCUGUCUUCGGAGACAGUCCCGAGCCUUAUUUCUGCCCCACAGAAUCAAGUUCCACCUUAUACUUCAGCGCUGAUCCGCAGUCGCCCAGCAGCGCCAGUAACCCCCACUUGGACCGGGACGUUGGAGGUUUCGAAUGCGGAGUUCGGCUCACCUCCAUCCCGAGUGACCCAGCCCUUCACAGGGACGUGCGCGGACUCAUGGGCCGUGUCGGGCCACGCUGCAUCUCCACACCUAAGCUGGACCCCGGAGCUCUGGACUCUCCCUCCAGUGUUCCUCACCUGACAGGGCCGAGGAGGCAGCUCAUAAUGUCCCGCAGAGACGAGGGCGACAACUUCUAGCCGCCUUACGGCAGAAUCAGGGAACGAGUUAUCAGCAGCCUAUCCAACGUUCACGGAGUAUAUCAGCUUAUCAUCUGCAUAAAGUUGUAAUUGUUACACAACAGGGCAACAAUUAUGAAAGUACUAUAAAAUAUUUUACUUCCUCAAAUUAUAAACCAGUCUCUAAAUGCACUGCUUUACACCAAGACGUGAAAAUAUGAGAAGUGUUACCAUCAACAGGAAAAUUAACGUGCUAUAAGAAUGGCAUAUGGAGCUCAGACAGACCUUUUCCCUGACUUUCAAUAUACAUUUAUGCCAUUUUUUGUUUGGCAAAUGUGAACUUAUGUCUUAACUUUGGAAAAAUGCUGUGCAAAAAGUAAACACCAUUCCAACCACACCAGAAUGGUAUAUUAAGGAAAGUCUAUAAAAAUGUAUUUAAAAAAGUUCAAAUGUCCUGCAGCUUUCUAACCUCAAACAAUCUAUGGUCUUUUUUAUUAAAACUGAAACAGUUGUUUAUUUGUGGUAUCGUAGUAACUGUAGUACAGGGGUGGGCACAGCUUAGCUUCACUAAGGACUAAUUGGCUGAACAGGAAUCAUACCUCGGUUUACGCUAAACCGCUAAACAGAUUUAAAAAAAUUAGAGGAAACUAACGCUGACCGCUAAGACCGUUAACAUUGCAGCCCACGUAGGAUGCAAUUUUAGGCCGCAUAUGUCACGUCGCUAAGCUGUCUAAUUUUCGUAUAACAAAAAUUCGAAAACGUAGGCUGCAUCUGAAUAUCCUACGUAGUCAACAAUAUACCAGGAUUCAUUGUGCGGAAAAACGAAGAUGCCGAAGUAACGCAAACAAACAUCCGAUGACAUUUCAUAGCCGUUAUAUGCAGCCUACCCAAACAACCCCUGAGUUGAGACACAUUUAACAUGCCUGCCACAUCCAGGACUGCUUGUAAGAGGAGAUCAAGUCAGGAUAAAUGACAUAAAAAUAAAAGUUUUAUACUUGUGAAUGCUUUAGCAGACUUAAACUAAGCAGAAGCCAAUUUAGUGGAAGCUAAUUGGUCCGAUAAGGAUUCCAAAAGAUAGCGACUAAAUGAGAAACUAGUUCCGCUGUUAGCAUAUUAGCGGAACUAUGCCCACCACUGUUGUAGUGAUAUGUCAUUUAUCUCUAGAGUUAACAGUGUAUGAACUCUGAAACCAUCUCAACAUAUGCCAGAGCCUUUUUUUUUUUGGCUAAUUAAAAAGCACAAAUAUCUUCUGUAUCAUAUCUUUGUUGCUGUGAUGCUGUGAGGUUUUUUAUUUUAUGAAUUGUUUUCAAUGAAAUAGUGAAAAGACUUCAGCUUUCUAAUUUUAAUAAGCUGUGUUUCCCGUAUGGUGUUAACUGUCAUUGCUUCGAGCAAGGCUAGUGUUUCUUUUUAGAAAAACUGUGAUGUUUUAACUUGUUUUUUUUUUCUUUUACAUGUUGAUCAUGUAAAUGCUAACGAACUUUUAAAAAUAAGUUUAUGUUAGAAGAGGAACAAUAAUGUCUCAGGCACUGACUUCAGAAACAUUUUUAAAUGUCUACUGUGACACAAGACGAGGAAACAAAGUUUAUGCUGUGUUUGUGUCUGAUUGCUAUAUGAAAAGACAGUUUCACUGAUCUGAAACAAGGGUGAAAACAGUAAAAACAAAAGCUGUGAAACUUUAUGGGUGUUGAUGGUGCAGUCAGGUGACUCAGACUGCCUCUAUGACAAUUUGAACUGUGAACUGCAAGGCCACUGGUGGCUUGAAAAUAGCAAUAAACAGCCUACAUGUUUGGGUGAGCGGA